ACCGCACGAGAGAGACUAUCGUUGCCAUAGAUACACACAUUAAACUAAUGUAAAAUGUAGAAACAAAUUAUCAGCAAGUGUCCCUCUCUUCGCGGAAUCCCACACAAAAGGAAAGAAGUCGUUGUGUAACAGGCAUCAGUCCACAGGGUGAAGCAGAAGUCGAAUAGCUUUACAUAGACUUACAUAGACAACGACACACAGCAGAGCUCUCAGUGCCACCGACAUCAUGGACAAGUCUAGAUUUUCAGACAAUAGUUUACAAUGUGGGUUCAAUUCUACCCCUGCCAUGCAAACAAGAGGAAGAGGAGGAGACCAGGUUAUGGACAGCAGGUCCCAAGCAACCACAAACCUUAAAGAGACCGUGCAUCUGGAGGAGGAUAAUAAGAAAGAAAAUAAAGCCAUGAAGCAUGAAGCAGGCUGUGCUAAACAAACCCGUAAGUGUCCAUUUGAGGCCUAUUUAGUAAAGUGCACACAAUUAGAGAAGGAAAACCUAGAGGUUAAAAAGAAGUUUAAAAAGAUGGAGAAAUAUUCCAGAGAAUGCAAAACAGAUCUGCAGAGAUUUGUGGAGAAGUUUAAAGAGUUUAAAAACAUCAACAAAGACCUGGACACAAGGAACAAACAACUUCUUAUUAAAAACCAGCAAAUGAGGCAAAGAAUUACAGAGGUCUUAAAGCAGAACAUACUUCAGUCUGAAGAUCUGGAGACAGUCUCAUGCUGUGAACACCAGGAGAAGCAGCAGCUCAGAGAAACAGCCGUUGUUCUCCAAGACAAGGUUAAGAACUUAACGGAACCAGUCAGGAAAUCUCAAAGAAUGAAACGGGAUUCAGAAAUAGUCGAAGAGAGGAAGACAACGCAGCUACAACAGGAAAACCAGAUUCUAAAAGAGAGACUGGACCGCAGCAGUCAGGCCAUUAAAGAUGCUGAAAGUAGAGCAGAGAGAGUUCAGGAGCAGCUGGAUGAACUAGAAUGCUGCCUGCUCACUGUAGAGACGGAGAGGAAUCUACUGCGUCAGGAAGUAAAGAGGCUCCAUCAGGAAUAUAUCAGCCUUACUAACAGCAUCUCACUGCAGCUGAAAGGAAACAACAAACCAUCAGAGCCUUGCUUUACAGUCCACCACAGCAAAGUCCCCCAGCUCAGCAUCCUAUAAGAGGAGACACAACAUAGCAGAUAAAGGUUCAAUUUGAAGACAUACAACCAAGGAGAAGGACAAAAUACAAAGACCUGGGAAAAAUAUCUGGGAAUCUUACUGAGACAGAUAUCACACACACACACACACACACACACACACACA